AUGGAGUCCCCGCUCGAGAUGAUCGGCGCACUGCUUCACAAACAAAAAUCUCUCUCAAACACAAAAUCUCAACAAACACAAAAUCUAAAAAUGCACAAAAUCUCUCUGCUUCAGGGCAAGCCCGACAAAGAGAAAAUCGGGAUGCUGAAGGCGCUCCCGCUUCCUCCGCCUGCGAAGAUCAUCCUCGGAAUGAUGCACCUCUCGGCAGAGGCCGAUGCGUUCAAACUGCUCAAACCGAUCGCAAAGGAAUCGCUCACGGACUCGCUGCUCUCCCGCCCGCCAAAGCUGCAGCGGCGUCACUUUUUCGCCGGGCUGCUCACUGGGAUCAAGGAGUACACGUCGGACGAGGAAGAGGAGGAGGAGGCGGCCGACAGGGCGCAGAGGCACUCCAUAGGCUCGGCGGUCUGGUUGGCUGCGAAGCGGCAGAAGAAGUCCUGA